AUGGCUGCCCACGUGCCCCAAGCCCCCGGGCUGCCCCAGAUGCUCAAGGCGGGCAUGAAGUACUUCAGUGGCCUACAGGAAACCCUCUUCAGCAACCUGACUGCCUGCAAAGCCUUGGUGCGCUCCUUGCGGACCUGUUACGGCCCCCUGGGCCGCAACAAGCUGGUGGUCAACCACCUCGGCAAGAACUUCCACACCUCCCAUGCUGCCACUAUCCUCCGGGAACUGGAGCUGGAGAACCCCGUGGCCUGCCUGCUCCGCACCGCGGCUGAGACGCAGAACGUGGAGACAGGGGACGGGACCAAUUUUGUCAUCCUCCUGACCGGGGCGCUCUUGGAGAACGCCGAGAAGCUCCUGCACUCGGGGCUGCCAGUGGUCCACAUCCGGGCCGGCUACGAGAUGGCCUGCAAGGAGGUCCUGCGCUUGCUCCCCGGCCUGUCCUGCUACGUUCUGAAGAACCCACGUGACGUCGAAGAGGUGCUGUGGGUGCUGCAGGCCGCCGUGGGCAGCAAGGUCUUCGGCCACCAGAAAGUCUUGGCCAGGCUGGUGGCCAAGGCCUGCAUCCUGGCGCUGCCGCCAGACCGCACGGCCUUCAACGCGGACUUCAUCCGCGUCUGCAAGAUCCUCGGCGGCGGGGUGGCCGACUCCAGCGUGGUGGAAGGGGUGGUCGUCUGCGCGGAGGCCGAAGGGAUCGUCCGGCGCGUGGAGAGGGCCCGCAUCGCGGCCUACUCCUGUUCCUUCGGCCCGUCCGGCUUCGAGGCGAAGAGCACCGCCGUCUUCAGCAGCGCGUCGGACAUCAGGCGCUUCAGCAAAAGCGAAGAGAACAUCAUCGAGCAGCGAAUCCUGGACCUCGCCAGAGCCGGCGUCACCGUGGUGGUGGCCGGGGGGAAGGUAGACGAGAUGGCGCUCUUCUACGCCAACCGGUACCGGCUGAUGGUCGUCCGGCUGCGCUCCCGGAUGGAGCUACAGCGCCUGUGCAAGGCAGUGGGGGCCACUCUGCUGCUGACCGUGGCCCCUCCGGCGCCCGAGGAGCUGGGCCACUGCCGUCGCGUUUACAUGAGUGAGAUUGGCAGCACCAGUGUGGUCGUCUUCAGCCAAGACGGCAUCGCUUGUCCUGUGGUCACCAUCGUGCUCAGAGGGGCCACCACAGAGAUGCUAGACUGUGUGGAGGAGGCUAUCCACGAUGGCAUCAACGUCUACAAGGUAUUGGGCAGCGAUGCACGGCUGCUGCCUGGUGCUGGGGCCACCGAGAUGGCGCUGUCAGUGCGGCUCAGCACCUUGGGGAUGUACUUCCCUGGACCCGAGCAGUACGGCAUCUUGGAGUUCUCCCAGGCCCUGAAGACCCUCCCGGCUACCCUGGCGGAAAACGCAGGCUUGCCGGUCAAUGAGGCGAUGGCCAAGAUUGAGGUGCAGCACCAGCUGGGCACCCAGAACACGGGCCUCAGGCUGGCGAGCGAGGAGGCGGGCACCAUUGAUGCCGCCAAGGAAGGGCUGUUCGACCCGUUUUUGGUGAAGUACCGAGGCAUCCUGCUUGCGACCCAGACGGCCGUCACACUGCUGGGCGUAAGCGAGGUCAUGAUGGCCAAGAAGAGUGGUGGGCCCAAGCCUAGAGGAGAUAACCCUAACUGGGACCAAGAGCCAGACGCCUUGGAUUGA